GUACCAAAAUUUAUCUCGGAAUUGGCAAUACAUUAGCGCGAAAUUACAGAGUUUACGACGUGACCAAAUGGACAAAGGAAGGUACUGUACCUUUUGAUCAACGGAAGGGUCAAGCACAGUUGUGGCCAAAUUCGCAGUCAAUAACAUGA